AAGAAGUUUUUCCAGAUCCCAAAACCAGGCCGAACUACUUGGUGGGAAGUUACAGUCACCAUAUCGUGCGUAUGGCCAUAUGUUUCUCUCCAUCACUUCAUCUACAAAGUACUGUAAUAUACCAGAUUGUCUCAUCGUGAUUUGUAGACCUUUCAUAUUACAGGCCAAUUACACUGACACGAUUUUAUCGCUUUACAGUGGUCAGCACCUAGACACAAGCUGCCAGAAGAUCUAAUGUCUACACUGACAGUGGAAAGCUUCCAUGCAAAUCGUAGCAAGCCUGUCUUCGAAAAUCCCAUUAUUGUGGAGCACGAUACCGACGGUCCUGCUCGCUUGUUUCUUGGUCCUGUCAGCCAAAAUAGAGAUAACGAGACUUAUGAGAAAUGAAUGGAACGACAAAGGACAGCAAACUACCUCACAAGUGUUCUUCUUGGAGCUGAUAGUCUCGGUACAGAACUUGUUUCAAGGGAACAGCUCCUCAGACGUCGAUUGAGAAAUCACGCUAUCAAAGCCGUGGUAUGGCCCAUGACCAUAAUUUACAACUGCCUGAAUACAGAUAUCCUCAAAGGAGAAGAGCGGAAAGAGACCGCAUGGAAGCUGAUUCGAGAGAUUUCGGCCGUGAUGAGAGGGAACCUUCUAGAUUUGACGCCAGACCUGCUUGCGCAAUACGUUGGAAACUAUAUUGUGGACCCUCCGACCGAAUUGAACCCCUUAAUAAGCGAUGUUGUGCAGGGUAUAGAUAACGACAUAGAUAUGAUAACCGGCUGGACAAUGAAAUACGGAGAACAACAUAAUCCUCCUUACUUAUGUCCCACAAACCGAAAAGUACUGCAACAAGUCAAAGAUAUUGCAGAACAAGUCAAAGAGCAUUGGGCCCGGCUGGAAGAAGGACAUAAGGAAGCCUUGGACCGGGAAACGGGCAAGGAAUACAUGGAUGAAACAACGAGGAGAUCCAGCAGACACCAGUCGAGACGCAAGUAUAAAGCAAGAGACAUGGAUGGACUGAUUAAGAGCUGGAUACCCCCAGAGCAGAGUGCCGAAACGGCAACAUGGUCUGCUCCAAAAGACCACAAGCCUGCUACCACCAGUGCCGCAACGCCAGAACGAGCUGAUGAGAAGUCAAUCACCGAAAAAUCCACAGAAACAAGAACCCGCCAACGCACGCCAUUCCCAGAGCCCAAACUGGCGGGCACAACCAGGAUGAAGCAGAACAGCUCCAAUCAUGUGGACACGAAAUCAACCAACCAUGGUGCGAAAGAGGGAAAAGAGAAUGACGAAGAGGCAAAGAGGGAAGCUUCCCAAUCAGCGACCCAAGCUGCCUGGAAGAGACUUGAGGAAGUUAAAAAGGAGUUCGAGACGUUGGAUGCUCUCAGAAGAUCUAGAGCUAAAGCUGAUCAUCAACACUGGAAAGAUGGAGAUGUAGUUCGAAACGUUGGAUGUUGAACUGGGAGAAAUAGAUCUGUAUAAUUCCGAAGGAUGAUCAGUUAGCAUUUAAUUCAAUAAAGAUAAAUGCAUGCAGC